CCCAGCGCGCGCGGCCCCGGAACCCCGCCGGCCCGGGGGACGGGGGGGCUGCGCACCUCGCCCCCCGCCGUGGCCCCGGGGCCCCCACCUGGCCCCCCAGGAUGAUGAAGAGGCAACUGCACCGCAUGCGGCAGCUGGCCCACACCGGCAGCCUGGGACGCACCACGGAGACCGCGGAGUUCCUGGGAGAGGACCUGCUGCAGGUGGAGCAGCGACUCGAGCCGGCCAAGCGAGCAGCCCACAACGUGCACAAGCGGCUGCAGGCGUGCUUGCAGGGCCAGAGCGGGGCUGACAUGGACAAGCGGGUGAAGAAGCUUCCGCUCAUGGCCUUGUCCACCACCAUGGCUGAGAGCUUCAAGGAGCUGGACCCCGAUUCCAGCAUGGGGAAGGCCUUGGAGAUGAGCUGCGCCAUCCAGAACCAGCUGGCCCGCAUCCUGGCCGAGUUUGAGAUGAGCCUGGAGAAAGACGUCCUGCAGCCCCUCAGCAGGCUGAGUGAGGAGGAGCUGCCGGCCAUCCUGAAGCACAAGAAGAGCCUGCAGAAGCUGGUGUCUGACUGGAGUGCCCUCAAGAGCAGGCUCAGCCAGGCAGCCAAGAACUCGGGUAGCAGCCAAGGCCUGGGCGUUGGCCCGGGCAGUUAUAGCCACACCACCACUGCCAACAAGGUGGAGACUCUGAAGGAGGAGGAGGAGGAGCUGAAGAGGAAGGUGGAGCAGUGCAAGGACGAGUACUUGGCUGACCUGUAUCACUUUGCCACCAAGGAGGACUCGUACGCCAACUACUUCAUUCACCUCCUGGAGAUCCAGGCUGACUACCACCGCAGAUCACUGAGCUCGCUGGACACGGCCCUGGCGGAGCUGAGGGACAACCACAGCCAAGCAGACCCCUCCCCCUCGGUGACGGCCACCCCCUUCUCCAGGGUGUACGGGGUGGCGCUCGGCACCCACCUGCGAGAGCUGGGCCGGGACAUCGCCCUUCCCAUCGAGGCCUGCGUGCUGAUGCUGCUCUCCGAGGGCAUGCGGGAGGAGGGUCUUUUCCGCUUGGCCGCCGGGGCCUCGGUGCUCAAGCGCCUCAAGCAGACGAUGGCCUCCGACCCCCAAAGCCUGGAGGAGUUCUGCUCUGACCCCCAUGCGGUGGCAGGUGCCCUCAAGUCCUAUCUCCGGGAGCUGCCUGAGCCCCUGAUGACCUUUGACCUCUAUGACGAUUGGCUGGACGCAGCCAGCCUGAAGGAGCCUGGGGCCCGGCUGGAGGCUCUUCGCCAGGUGUGCGGCCGCCUGCCCCCCGAGAACCUCCACAACCUCAGGUACCUGAUGAAGUUCCUGGCCAGGCUGGCUGAGGAGCAGGAGGUGAACAAGAUGACCCCCAGCAACAUUGCCAUCGUCCUGGGGCCCAACCUGCUGUGGCCACCUGAGAAAGAAGGGGACCAGGCCCAGCUGGAUGCUGCCUCGGUGUCCUCCAUCCAGGUGGUGGGUGUGGUCGAGGCGCUGAUACAGACCGCGGACACCCUCUUCCCUGGAGACAUCAACUUCGACGUGUCGGGCCUCUUCUCGGCCCUCGCCCCCCAGGACAGGGUCAGCGACCAGCUGGACUCUGGGGAGCUGCCCGCCGUGGCCGGGCCAGCCGCCACCCUGGCCCCGGCCCCCCCAGCGUGUGGAAAGGAGAGCAGGCCGGAGCCCGAAGCACCCCCCAGGCCAGCCUCACCCAAGGGCGGCAGGGGCCCCCUGGAGACGAGCCCCCCCGCAGAAGACCCGGUGCGGCGGACCAAGCGCCCCGCGCCCGCCAGGCCCACCGUGCCGCCGCCCCAGCUCUCCAGCAGCACCCGCUCCUCCCCGCCAGCCCCGCCGCCCCUGUCCCCCGGCAGCCCCGGGACCCCACGAGCUUUGCCCCGCCGUCUGGUGGGCACCAGUCUCCGGGCCCCCACAGUGCCCCCUCCUCUGCCUCCAGCUCCUCCACAGCCGGCCCGGCGCCAGAGCCGCAAGUCCCCGGCCUCCCCGGGCCCGGCCUCCCCCGGCCCAGGAUCCUUGAAUACCCCCGCGCCGAGGGACCCGGGAGGGGCCCCUGAGGCUGCAAGCGGGGACCCCGCUCGCCCCGCCCCGCCCCCUCAGCCCCGCCCUAGGGUCCUGGCCUCGGAGACUGACUGAGCCCUCCGCGCCCCGCCCCUCCCCACUAUGUACCCCCCCCUGCGUCCUCUCAGGACCGUCCCGGCCUGGGGUGGAGCCCCCAGCCUUGCCUGCAAGUGCCUCGGUACCCAUUGGGACAGCUGCUGUGGCUAGGAAGGCUCAGGACGGCACCCCCACCCCACCCCCAUUUCCUGAUCUUUUUCCUUUUCCAUCUGGGGCUGGGAUCCCCACCUCUGAUUCCCCACGCUGGCAGUGUCCCCCAGGAAGCCACCAGAAGAACCGGACAAGCUUGCCCGCGUCUACAGGACUUUUAUUUUUCUCUUGCCGACGUAUUUUUGUAAGGCUGGUAAAUAAAUUAUUUUGGA